AUGGACCUUCUCAGGGCUGUGAUCAUUGGGCCUCAGGGAACACCCUACCAUGAUGGCCUUUUCUUCUUUGAUGCUCAAUUCACUGCUAGCUAUCCAGCGACUCCUCCAGUGGUAUACUAUCAUUCUGGAGGACUUCGGCUCAAUCCAAAUUUGUAUGACUGUGGAACAGUCUGCCUUAGCCUCCUGGGAACCUGGCAUGGUAACGGCUGUGAGAAUUGGAACUCAGCUCACUCAACCAUGCUACAGGUGCUGAUCUCCAUUCAAGGUCUCGUAUUGAAUGAAAAGCCAUACUUCAAUGAGCCAGGAUACGAGACCGAAGUCAACGAUGCUAAUGGACCGAGGAGGUCUUUGGAGUAUAAUGAUACAGCAUUUCAGCACUCGUGUAGAACAAUGUUGUACUCACUCCGUAGGCCUCCACAGCACUUUGAAGAUCUUGUUGCUGGCCACUUUCGUGAACGUGGCCAUGCCAUUCUGAAUGCAUGCAAAUAUUACAUGGAAGGUAACGAAGUUGGGUCCGUAGUUCCUGAUGAGGGCAAGGAGCUGGAAAAUGCAAAUGCUGAAGGAUCCAGCAACAGCAACGCAGUGAAGCCAAAGAAAUGUGCAGGUGCAGGUCGACGAACCGCAUCCUUCAAGGCUGACACGAAGGUUCUGUUUGAAGAGCUCCUGGUGGAAUUCAAUGUGAAGGGUGCCGACACCAAGAAGUUCUGUGCUGAGAAGUCGAAGAAGCCGCGUCAAAAAAAGAAGAAGUUGAAGAAGAGCCAGCCUGCUGCUGCUUGA